UAGAGCGAAACCGUGAGACCAAAUCCGUGAGAUCAAAAGCUAUGAGACAAGAAACGCCGGAACUUGGCUCCUGUUGUACACUAAGGGAAGAAAAUCAAAAUGUGAGGUUCGGAAAUGUCAUUCUCACCAAUGUAAGCACCCACGUCCACGUCCACGAUCGUGUUACAGUGUCGUUAGAAAGGACGCAAGACGCGUGGUUGUCCAAAUCAAAGAAUGGAU